AUGGACUCCAGGAGACCGCCCUACCACCAGCUCCCCCCCAACACUGCUGCUACUCCUCCUCCCCCGCCCGCCUAUGACCCGCGCCAGCACCACCACCAUCACCAACAUCAGCAGCACCACCAGCAACCGCAGCAGCCCUACCCUCCGCCGCCGCCCCCGCCGGGCCAGUACCCCCAACAACAACCGCAACAACACCACCCUCAGCAGCAUCAUCCCCAUCACGCCCGGCCCCAGCAUCCGCAGCAGACACCUCCCCAACCUGCGCCAGGUCCUCCGCCGCCGCCGCAACAGCAGCAGCACCCUCCUCAGCAACAGCCCUACUCGGGCGCGCCCAAUCUCCCUCCUCCCCAAGGGCCAGCGCUGCCUCCCAUACAGCCGGCCGCGCAUGCGCAGCCGGCGCCCUCGUCAGAGCAACAGAAUCUGCCUUCCUUCCGCCACCCCUCGGCACCGCCGCCCCACGACCAGCGCGAGGGCGGCCCGCCUGAAUACCACUAUCCCUACAACCACCACAACCGCUCUGGCCAUGCCACGCCUGCACCCGUGAACCGCUCAUACUCGCACGACUCUGGGCCUCAGCGCUCGCCUGCUACACCUGCUGGUCCAGGGCCGGGAUCGUUUCCUCCCAGUGCAGGACAGGACGGCGCGCCGCCGCCGCCUGACCCUCCCCCUCCCCACCAGAUGGAUCAUGGCGCGCAUCAUGGAUACCCGCCUACGCAUGGCAACCUGCCUCACGGCUUACCGCCCCCUCCACCGCAGCAUCAGCACCAUGAGCAGUACCCGUCGGCGCAGCCCACACGCAUAAUGGAUGGCCAUUACCCUCCAUAUCCGCCGCCGAAUCAACCGUCCAUGUACGGUGGGCCACAAUACAACGGCCCCGCGAGUGCUGGUAACCUUUUCGGUACCAAACGAAAGCAAAUGCGCGCAACUCAAGCCUGCGAGCAAUGCAGACAGCGGAAACAAAAGUGUGAUGAGGGCUCGCCGUGCUCUUUUUGCAAGGAGAACAGUCUCACAUGUCAAUAUCGUGAUACUCCACCAGCCAAAACCGACAAGAACAUGGAGAAGCUUCUGAGUUACAUGGAAUCUCAUUCUGAUGGGCUCAAAGAGUUGACCAGCAAGAUUGACAGUUUCGAACAGCGAUUACGCCGAGUCGAGCAAAGUAACCAGCAGAACGAGACCGCCACCCACCCGAACGCGCCGGAGCCUACGAUCAUGGACGAUCGAGAACCACCGAAACGAAAGCCGGAGCUGGACGAUCACAGGACCGCACCGCAUAAGUUGCUGUUGCUUUGGCCUUCUGUGCGCCCGCUCUUGAGAAGCGCUAACGUGGAGCACAACGAUGGUUAUGUGAUGGAAGCCGAAGAUCGUGGCGUGCUUCGACUGUGGACUCGUGGUGAAGGCAUUGACGAGAACGAUGGAACGCAACCAGGUGGCCCUGCCAGUCCUGCUAGGAGCGACGAAAGCGGUGAAGCAGCGGCUGCGACACCGCAUGCCGAUGGACUUUGGGGCACUGGAUUCCCUUCCACGCCUAACAGUGAAGCUCGUCGAUCAGAACCAUACGGUGCGGGAGGCCUCAAAUCGAAUGGUGAAGUCGAUCUGGACGCGGCCACGAUCAAUAUGCUUUACGACAGCUACAUGCGCCAUAUUCACAUCAUGCAUCCAUUCCUCGACAAGCGACGACUGAGGAAGAUGUUUGACAACUUCAUCAGGCGUUACAGCACUGGCAGGCCUCGAGCAGCAUUCGCUGUAGGCAAUACCUUCGACUCAGACCAGCGACCGCUCAAACGACAAAGAUCGAAUGGCUCAACUGCGAACGUGGGCCCUGGAUCAGAUCACGACGGCAAAAGAGAGCAGACCGAACGAUCUCCCGGAAACGCCAUCAUCUACCUAGUGCUGGCGUUGGGCAAGAUAUGCAUGCAUCGCGAUCCCCUACCAGCGGUCGUGGCCGACAGUAAACUACAGGCCAAUUCGGUCAUCUCCCAUCAGAUCUCGGGCGCUCGUGGUCUCGCAGCCAGCUCACCAGUGUCGACCAACAUCAAACCUUCUCCUAUGUCGCCAAAGUCGACUUCAACGACGCAGCCGACACCACCGUCAGACGCUGGCACGCGACUUGCCGAGUCACGAAGUCGACGUUCGUCGAUGGAAGGCUCACCGAGCGCCAUUAUGGCUGGACCCAGGAACAUGGACGUUAUCCCUGGGAUUGCGUACUAUGCCAAAGCCGCUGAGAUCUUGGGUGACCAAGGAGACGGUAACGAUCUCGUUCACGCACAGAUGUUCCUGUUAGCAGGUCUCUACAAGGGCCAGCUAGCACGUGUUAAGGAAAGCAUGAGCUGGAUAACGAUGGCAGGUCGUGCAAUCCUCAUUCUCCUCGAUCGUUACAAGCUGUACAACGACAACUACUGGACGGCCUACGGCGACGUACGAAGGCAGCAUGAAAGUGCGCAGAAGCGUAUUAAGGAUACGCGACAGAGCCUGAUCGUACUUGCCUCGUGGACGUGCCUCCAACUGGAGAGUGACAUUCUCGCAGAAUUGAGGUUACCGUCCAGUGGGAUCCAAACCAUUGAGAACCUGCUCCUCAUGCCUCACAAGACACCUGAGGACGAGUCGUACAGUGGAUUGGAGCCAGAUGGUAGACUAGAGGACUACGACAACAUCCUCAUAUACUACACGGCACAGCUGUUCCUGCGACGACGAUUGAACCAGGUCCAUCGAGAGAUGUACGGGCCAGAGUGCUUAAGCCAGCCGUUGUCUGAAGUUCAAGAGAUGCUUCUGGGUCAUGAGAAUAUCCUCACUACCUGGAGAAGGGGACUCCCGCCGACUCUGAGAUGGAAUGAUAACGACCCGCCCUCAUCGGACAUCCUUGCGGCUCGAUUGCGUGCGAAAUACUACGGGGCCAGGUACAUCAUCAACAGACCUUUCCUCGAUUACGCGCUGCACAUAAUGCCAGGUCUCCGAGAUGGUCAUCCAAUGGAAGCUGUCGCGAGGGAUGGAUACGGCAACCCGCGUGACAAGGCUGACAUCCAUCUCUUCAGGGCCAUCGAGAAUCUCGGCGAGUCGACAGUAUGGGGAGCCGCCAGACGAUGUGUGGAUGCAGCCAUGCACAGUACUAUCGCGUUCGACGGAGUGCCAGACCGCCUGAUCAUCACCAAUAUCCACGGCACAGCACAUGCUCAAUUCGGCAACAUGCUCGUCCUGUGUGCGACGUUCACGACCAACUACAUGAAGCAGAUCGUCCAGACCGACAAGUUCCGAGAACGACUGCAAAGGACGAUCGGUUUCCUUCGAAAACUAGCACCCAUUUCGCCUACAUGCGCAGCCGACUGCGGCAUCCUCGAGAAGUUCAACAACCUCCUGUUUCCAGUGUCGAGCGAGCAGCCUGACAUCUACCACAACGAGGGCGUGGAGCCAAUGAGUGCUGCGAACUCCUUUGGCGGACAUAGCACAUGA